AGUGGUAGCUAACCUGCUGCUCUGUUGUCAACUGACAGAAUAACAGCUAGCUUACAAAUUGACAAAACACCGCUCGGAAAUAUAAAGCCACACUAAAGUCUCGCCUGUGUAACGUCGAGGAGCUCUACAAAUGUCUUGAACAUGGCGAAGGUUGUUCAGACGACGGGUCUAAUUUUAUAUCUCUGGAGUGUUUUCAUGCAGUUCAGUCGCGUGUCAGGUCUUGGGAUCAACGAACUGCUUUAUUUCCGGGUCAUCAGUCCAGAGGAGAUAGGGUACAUCUUCAGUGCAGCACCUGCUAAAGACUUUGGGGGAGACUUCACAUCAUCAUAUGAAAAAAUAUUCCUGGUGCCAGCAGACCCAGCAGACGGCUGCUCAGACCUGCAGGACAGAGACAUCAUCCAGGGACAAGUAGUCCUGGUGGAAAGAGGAGGUUGCUCCUUUGUUCAAAAGGCCCGACAAGUAGAGGAAGCAGGUGGCAAAGCUGUUCUGAUCGCUGAUAAUGCAGUGGACAAUGACAGCCAGUACCUCGAUAUGAUCACCGAUGGAAGCACGGCCAAACCAAGCAUACCUGCUUUAUUCCUUCUGGGACGUGAUGGGAUGAUGAUCAGACGAUCUCUCCAGAGACAAGCACUGCCGUGGGCUGUCAUUUCCAUCCCUGUCAAUGUUUCCUCUUUGGCUUCAUUUCCACUCAAGCAGCCCCCGUGGACACUGUGGUAGAAAUGACGCACACCAACAACUCCACGCACUUCCUCACUCAGUAAACAUUCUUUCAUCAUUAUAUGUCCUGUCAGCCUUGAAUAAACUCACAGCCUCACAGGGAAAUUCUUCUGUGGGAGUUAAACAAAUUCACAUGCACUAGUGGUGAUCCAGUAAAAUUAGCAUACACAUGAUCAUAUCACGCUUAAGCACACAGCCGAAGGCGUGUGGAAAUGAGCCUUUUAAUAGUGUUUGAAUGGACUCUGCUAGAGCUGUUGAAUCAGAUGAAGUCAGACAAACUUAUUUUCAGUGCUCAGCUGAAGUUGACUGAAUUAGGAGGUGGUUGUGAAGAUAAUGAGCCUGUUUACCACUUGAUUAAUCUCCAGGAACCUUUGUGAGGAUGAUUUGUUGGUCACAAGUCAGAAGUGAAACCAGAAAAUUGGAUUCACAUUAAUACAACAUACAGACUGAUGCGCACCAUUUCUUAUGCCUUGUCUUAUAGUUAAAGUUAUGUAGGACACUAUGGGGGGCAAAGCAGGCCAUAACAGCAGUUAUUAAACUUCACUAUAAUACAGCACACCCAUAAUGUCGUCUCGCUAUAAAAAUGUUAAAGUCCUCUUUAUCUGCAUGAACUAAAACAGGGUGGCACUCAGAUCAAAAUGAACACUGUUUCUCUUAUGGUUAAUAAAUAUAUAAAAUGACUU